UGUGUGUGGAUGGCUGGGUAAUACGUUUCCAAUUUCAACAUGAACUUUAAAGUAAAAACUGUCAAAAUAAUUUACAGAAGCUUUCAAAAGCUAAGAACACAUGAAGAGCGGAGAAAGUUAAUGUUGUUCUUAAUGAUUCUGAUGGUUUGACAGCAAGUUGGAGGCCGAAUUGUUAAGGUGAACUUCCCAGAAGUGCCAAAGGGAGGUGAAAGGGAAGUAAUGGGGCCAAAGAUGUGGGGCACCAACAGGGGCUAUAUAGACAGCCCUCACAAGAUCUAUUCUGGAAACCUUGGUUGGGGCCUCACUUCCCAGGGUCUAAGAGAUGCUUUUGCAGAUCAGCGAGGCCUAUUGAGUGCCAAAGUCAUUUAUGAGAGAGACACAGGAAGAUCACGUGGUUUUGGGUUUGUCUCUUUUGAAACCGCCGAGGAUGCAGAAUCUGCAUUGAGUUCCAUGAACGGAGUGGAGGUUGAAGGGCGGCCUUUAUGAUUAAAUAUGGCUGCACAAAGGGCUCAGUCUGCUUCUCCACCGGUGGUGGAAAGAAAUGUGGAGAACAAUCUUGACAGCAGCGAUUUGCUUUCUAGCAUCAGCAGCUGAGGGAAAUAUGUCAAAGUGUGGGUGCUUGGAUAUGCUUUUGGGUAAGUACUGCAAGUAGUGCACCCCUUCUGCUUCCAGAACCUUACUCUUUGUAGUCUCCAAGUCUUCCUCCGUGAACAAAUUUGAGUAUUGAAAUAAAGCGGGUAGAAGGAAAAGCUUGUGGUAGCAGUCCUUUGUGGUGAGAUUAUAAUUCCAGGCUGUACAGUGUUGUAUGAGAAUUUAAACACUGAGUAAACU